AUGGACUCCGCAGAGUUUCGUGAGGCAGCUCGCACAGCCAUUGACGAGAUCACUGACUAUUACGACAAUAUCUCCUCCCACCGUGUCGUGUCCGACGUGAAGCCAGGCUACCUCCGCCCUCUCCUCCCAUCAUCAGCCCCCCUCGAAGGAGAGCCUUGGAGCGAUAUCCACGCAGACAUCGGGUCCAAAAUCCUUCCCGGAAUCACCCACUGGGCCAACCCCCGAUUCAUGGCCUUUUUCCCCUGCUCAAGCAGUUAUCCUGCUGCCCUGGCCGAAAUGUACUCUACUGCCUUCUGUGGUGCCUACUUCAACUGGAUCUGCAGCCCAGCUGCCACAGAGCUUGAAACAAUCGUGAUGGACUGGCUCGCUAAAGCUCUCGCUCUCCCGGAAUGCUAUCUGAGCGGCGGUAGUACCCAUGGAGGAGGUGUUAUUCACGGGAGUGCUUGCGAAGCGAUCCUCACUGUUAUGUGCGCUGCUCGCGAUAAGUAUCUCGCUGCUGUCACCAAGGGCAUGGAUGAAGAUGCUGUCUGGGACGUACGCAGCAGACUCGUCGCGCUGGGAAGUUCUGGAACUCACUCGAGUACCAAGAAAGCAGCUCAGAUCCUCGGACUCCGCUUCGUCGCUAUUCCCGUCGCUGAGCAAGACGGACUCGCCAUGACGGGUCGUGCUGUCGCCAAGACGGUAGAUGAGUUGCGCGCCCGUGGGCUGGAACCCUUUUACCUAACUGUUACGAUGGGCACGACGGAUGUUUGUGCAGUGGAUGACUUUGCAGGCAUCGUCGAAGCGCUGUCUCCUACUGCUGGGACAGAAAGGGAUAUCUGGGUCCACGUUGAUGCGGCCUAUGCAGGAACUGCACUUCUUCUUGAGGAGAAUCAGCCGUUGACUACACCAAUGGCUGACUUUCACUCUUUCAACUUCAACCCGCACAAGUGGAUGCUCACUACUUUCGACUGCUCUGCUCUUUGGGUCCGAUCCCGAGCCUGGCUUAUCCAAUCUCUCAGCAUCAAACCGCCGUACCUGCGGAAUCAGUUUUCCGAUAAUGAACUGGUCACUGACUAUCGCGAUUGGCAAAUCCCUCUUGCACGACGCUUCCGCUCUCUUAAGCUAUGGUUCGUUCUUCGCAGCUACGGGAUUAGAGGACUACAAGCGCACAUCCGAAAUGGAGUUACGCUUGGUGAAUCUCUGCAGAGCAAGCUGGCUAGUCGACCUGAUCUAUUCACAAUCUUUACCUCUGCGCGGUUUGGCCUAGUGACUUUUCGAGUCAAGGGAGCUGAUGAAGCGGAGAUCAACGCUCGGACGGAAGAGCUUUAUGAAUGGGUUAACAGGACUGGGGAGUUUUAUCUUACUAGCACUGUUGUCAAUGACAAGUUUGCGAUUCGUGUGUGUACAGGUGUUGAGAGGGUUCGAGAGGAGCAUGUACAGCGGAUCUUUGAUGUUUUGGUUGAGAGGACGGAAGCAGAGUUGGGUAAAACUAAGCAGUGA